CCAACCUACCCAGGUAUACAGUAUGUUUUCAUCAGUUAAGAAAGGAUCGAAAUUGCAAGCAUUUUGACUGAAACGGGGCUUUCACAAACAUCCGAAAGACUAAAGGAUUCUCGUUUUUUUCUCUAUAAAAUAAUCUACAUUUUAAAUUCAAGUAUGUUGCUGCCUCCUACUACUUUUUUACACCCAAAUAAAAAUCAGAAAAACACCUCUGCCAGUUUCAGUUCAUUGAAAUAGUGGAAACCUGGAGGGAUGAAACUACAGAAACAAAAGUUGCACUUUGCAAAACACACAAAUGCCUGCUUAAAACUAGUCCUACUUAGAGCUGUUAUAUGAAAUGGGUAAUCCUACAAAAUACCUUCUUCUAUUCUGUCAUAUUACUACAUGUCUGGGAGCUAGUCACUUAGAAUCACAAAGCUGAAAUGACUUUAGAGGGUCAGACUAACCCCAUCACCUUAAAGGUGAGGAAACAGAACCUCAAACGGUGAAUAAUUUACUCAAGGUCUCAGCAGCACGACCAGAUCUAGACCCCAGGUUUCUAUACUUUUCUCUGUGAUCCUUCAAUUUCACACUGUCUUGGGGGAGCAUUUAAGACCCAACAUCAGAAACAGGGUUCAAGAAGUAAAAGAAAGUUUCUGAAAGAAGCACUGGUUGAAAGUUAUACUGAGGGAUGAAUUGGAUAAAAUGAUAGAAACAGGAAAUAAGGAGACUGCAAAAAGAAAUGAGGCAGAAAUGUUAAAAGGUAUUCAAAACAAGACUGUCUACAGAAAAACGUGCAUCCGCCCUUCACGUAAUCUACAAUACGAUAAUAUAUUCAAAAACAGAAACUGACUUUGCAUACUAAAAAAAAUUUAUUUCAAAAAGAGAGAAACCACUAGAUAUAAAUAUGCACAUUUACUAGAAUACGAAAUGUCUGGUACCUGCUGCUCUGGGGACUUCCGUGAAUGUGCGUGUUGGACCCGGGUCCUUUAUUGACUGAGCCAUCGGUUGCGAAUGCUCUAAAUUUAAGGAUCCUACAAUUAGAGAACCCACCAGGCGCUCCUUGCCAACUCCGGGGCGGUUCUACUCCGUCCUAGGGGGUCGCGAUGAGUCGGAACCGACUCGACGGCAACGGGUUUGUUUUUUAACAACUAGAGAAAGACGUUAUCCUGGGUUAUGAAAGCUUCGGUUUGUGUGGUUAUCACGCAGGUCCCACACGAGACCAGUAACUUCUCGUGAAAACCUCACAGCCCGACUGCUCACGGGACUAAAUGGCGCAACGCCAGCACGGCCAACACCAAUCCAGAUCCUCGGGCAACUGGGGAACAAAGGGUGAUACUGGGACCCUGCUCUGCCUCCCUGGCCGAGCCCCGAGCCCGCGGGCACCGCUCGAGGCCUCCGCGGCCGAGCCAGCAGCUCGGGGGCCCCUGAGCACAGAAGACUCGGCCACGACCGCCGGGACGCGCCGCCCUCGGCCCGCCACCUGCCUCCGCCCUCCACCCGCGGGGCCCAGUCGGGGCGCCUCCCGCAGCUCCUGGGGUCCCCCCUCUUCUCAGCCCGCACCCCGGUGUGGACCCUGGCUCUUGCACUCACCACCGCCCGAGAAGAUGUAGAACUGUGAGAGGAAAAGCAACAAACAGCAGAAGCGCCGAAGCAGAAGCUGCAGGCCCGCUGCAGCCGCCAUCUUAGCGGCGCGCGCACACUUCUGGGGCCAGGAGCUAGAGACCAGGAAUGUCGCCUGGGGGCCGAAAUUCACACCAGAAGCAACUGAAGGCGGAAGCCAGCAAAUUUGGGAGGUUGGCCACCUUUCUUAUUUGAAUGGCUGUGUAUAUUAUAGAUAAAAAUUCUCUGUAUGCUAGGUACUACAUGAUGGUUUUGAUGACAUCAUCACAAUCACAUACUUGGAGCCCUGGUGGCGCAGUGGUUAAGAGCUCAGCUGCUAACCAAAAGGUCGGCAGUUGGAAUCCACCAGCCGCUCCUUGGAAACCCUAUGGGGCAGUUCUAUUCUGUCAUAUAGAGUCACUGUAGGGUCACUAUCAGUCGUAAUGAACUCGACGGCAAAGGGUUUUGUUUUGGGUGGUUGAAUCUCGUACUGGUUUUACAGAUGAAGGAACAGGCUCGGAGAGGUUGUAGUGGGCCAAACACAGAGGGAGAAGCCACCCAAAGUGUGACAGGCGGGCUGUGAGGGGCCCGCUGCCCUGGAUCUGAGAGCUGGCACUGGUCUGUGCCCAGCAAGCAUUUCUGUGGCCCGCCUCAGCCCGCAGCACUGGCCAACUCCUUAAAAAUAGGCAUUACUUCCAGAAAAUUCUUCUAAGAAUGGGAGAGAGAAGACAUUCCAAGAGCCAGCAAAUCUCAAGACUUCAAGGGACUGGGACAAGAGCCCUAUGAGAAGAGCAUUCAAAGCAUGGGCUUCUCCCUGGAGAUGGCCAGCCUUGGGGAUAGGAGCUGCACCCCAUGCCAGCAGGCUCCCUGUGAACUCGUAUUUCCAUCACAGCAUACUCUGUACUGUGCUGUAGACAUUUCUCUCUUCUUACCUACCUGCCACAAGAGCAGAUUAUUUUGGGGUUUUCUGACUUCCCAUUCCCUCAUGACCCUGUUUGAUAAAUUUAAAAAAAUACACAAAAUAGUGCCUGAUACAAAAUAAGUCCUCAAAUAUUUGCUUAAAAGAUUAUAUUCCACAAUUUGCCGCAUAUAGUGUAUGGAAGGAAUACACAGAGUCAUUAUACCAAAAAGAAUUAGUCGAUGUUCAACCAUUUCAAGAGGUAGCAUAUGAUGAGGAACCAAUGGUACUGAAGGAAGAUGUCCAAGCUGCUGUGAAGGCAUUGGCGAAAAACAAGUCUCCAAGAACUGACAGACUAUCAGUUGAGAUGUUUCAUUGAACUCAUGCAGCGCUGGAAGUGCUCAGUCACCUAUGCCAAGAAAUAUGGAAGACAGCUUCCUGGCCAACUGACUGGAAGAGAUCCAUAUUUAUGCCUAUUCCCAAGAAAGGUGAUCCAACUGAAUUUGGAAAUAAUAGAACAAUAUCAUUAAUAUCACACGCAAGCAAAAUUUUGCUGCAGAUCAUUCAAAAACGGCUGCAGCAGUGUUUCGACAGGGAACUGCCAGUUUCAGAAGAGGACAUGGAACCAGGGGUAUCAUUGCUGAUGUCAGAUGGAUCCUGACUGAAAGCAGAGAAUACCAGAAGGAUGUUUACCUGUGUUUUAUUGACUAUGCAAAGGCAUUCAACUCUGUGGAUCAUAACAAAUUACAGAUAACAUUGUGAAGAAUGGGAAUUCCAGAACACUUAAUUAUGCUCAUGAGGAACUUCUACAUGGAUCAAGAGACAGUUGUUUGGACAGAACAAGGGGAUACUACUGAGUGGUUUAAAGUCAGGAAAGGUGUGUGUCAGGGUUGUAUCCUUUCACCAUACCUAUUCAAUCUGUACGCUCAGCAGAUAAUCUGAGAAGCGAGACUAUAUGAAGAACAGGGCAUCAGGAUUGGAGGAAGAUUCAUUAACAACCUGCGUUAGGCAGAUAACACAACCUUGCUUGCUGAAAGUGAAAAGGACUUGAAGCACUUACUAAUGAAGAUCAAAGACCACAGCCUUCAGUAUGCAUUACACCUCAGUGAAAAGAAAACAAAAAUCCUCACAACUGGGCCAGUGAGCAACAUUAUGAUAAAUGGAGAAAAGAUUGAAGUUGUCAAGGAUUUCAUUUUACUUGGCUCCACAAUCAACACCCAUGGAAGCAGCAGUUAAGAAAUCAAAAGACACAUUGCAGUGGGCAAAUCUGCUGCAAAGGACCUCUUUAAAGUGUUGAAAAGCAAAGAUGUCACCUUGAAGACCAAGGUGCACCUGACCCAAGCCAUGAUAUUUUCAAUCACAUCAUAUGCAUGUGAAAGCUGGACAAUGAGUAAGGACGAUGGAAGAAGAAUCGACGCCUUUGAGUUGGGAUGCUGGAGAAUAUUGAAUAUACCAUGGACUGCUGAAAGAACAAACGAAUCUGUCUUGGAUGAAGUCCAACCAGAAUGCUCCUCAGAAGCAAGGAUGGCAAGACUGCAUCUUACAUUCUUUGGACAUGUUGUCAGGAGGGAUCAGUCCCUGGAGAAGGACAUCAUGCUUGAUAAAGUACGGGGUCAGCAGAAAAGAGGAAGACCCUCAACGAGGUGGAUUGACACAAUGGCUGCAACAAUGGGCUCAAGCAUAACAACAACUGUAAGGAUGGCUCAGGACCAGGCAGUGUUCCGUUAGUUUUGCAUCAGGUCACCAUGAGUGAAAACUUGACUCGCUGGCACCUAACAACAACAGCACUGUACAGCUCUGAUAUAUAAUACUAUUUUGUUUACCAACUGUUUUCACUGUCCAUUUAUUUCAGGAAGCUAACUAUGUGUGUUGAAGGAGAGAGCAUGUCUUGAAUUUAUUUUGAAUGCCACAGUACCUAACCAAAUAAAUACUUCUUGAUUGGUAGCUAAAUUCUCUAUUGACAUAAAGGCUUUUUAAUUAAGGUAUUCUUCUUUUCACAGUUAAAAUCUGAAAUUCAUCUGAGUCUAUAAAUAGUAGAUUAUCAUUCCAUCAAAAAAGGUAAUUUAAGUCUAGGUGAGCAGCUUAUUGUGGUAUAAGCCCAAAGCUGAAUCAUUGGAAGUGCCAUAUGAUGCAUUUUAUUUGGGAAUAUAUUUUUUCUAAAGAUGAACAAGGCUCAAUUAUGAAUUAGAAGCAUUAAAACAGCAACUCAUAAGCUACAGUGCAAACAACAGUAGAUUCCACAACACUGAAUUUCUUUGAUGUUUAGAGCUCUUUGUCAGUAAUCCAAUACUUAGUACUAGCUUCUUUGUGGUUGUUGGUUAGUUAAAACAAAUCAAGCAAUGAUUCCAAUUUGGGAGAUAAAGUUUACAGUGUGAGUUUUUGUAAAAACAACCAUAAAAAUACCUGAGACAUAAUGUUAUUAGAAAAUAAGAUUUUUCCCCCAUAUUCAAAACAACUUUGCAGAUUUUUAUUUGAAGCCUGUCUUUUGAAAAUCAUAAAUAUUAGCAAUAACAUAAUCCUCAUUUCCUAGUAUUUCCCCCUUUCAAUGAUAACAUUUUCCUAUUUCAGUCUCUCAAGACAUUGAUUUCUUGAAAAUGUCCCAAGCUUGUCCUCCUGAAUUGUCCUCAGAGCACAUCAGUGAAUUAAACAGUUGGUUCAUAUCAGCUACUCAUUCACUGUCUCCUGUCUUCACCGUGCCCAUCAGUGAGCCUAAAGUUCUUAGAAGUACUAACAGGUUAAAUGGUUAAGAAAAAUGCAUUUUCAAGGGUCAAAACAAGUUCUACAGAAGUGAGUACAAGGAAAGGACUUCAGAAGUCUUCCUCUGCAUUCAGUGUACGUGAGUUCUUGAGAUUCUUCAAUUUAUCCAUGGCAGAAGUUGCUGAAAUCUCUCCAUGAAUUUUGUUGUCUCUCGUUCGAACAUUUACAGCAUUAUUCAUCUUUUCCUUUUCUCCAACCAC